UUGACGCUUCUCGGCCGCCGUUAUUCGUCACCACCGCUCGCGCUGAAGCAGGAAACGGGUGAAUGGUUCGUGCCAACAACAGCGGUUUCAGAAGCCACAGCAGAGACACGAACUAACGGCAUCAUGUCGGAUAAAAGUGAGUUAAAGGCAGAGUUAGAGCGGAAGAAGCAGCGUCUUGCACAGAUCAGAGAAGAGAAGAAGAGAAAGGAGGAGGAGCGCAAGAAGAAAGAGGCAGAGCAGCUUAAGGAACCUGUAACACUGCAGGAUGACUCUGACCUGGAGAAGAAGAGGAGAGAGGCUGAAGCUAUGCUGCAGAGUAUCGGUAUCACUCCUGAUGUCCCAGUGGUUGCACCCAUGUCUCCCACUGCCAAAUCUGUGGGCACCCCAAGUGAGGCCGGUAGCCAGGAUUCAGGUGAUGGCGCCACAGGACCCAGGACUCUCCACUGGGACUCUGAUCCUUCUACACUACUGCUUCACUCUGAGCUGGGGCGUGGCCCGGUGAAGCUGGGCAUGGCAAAGGUGACCCAUGUGGACUUUCCUCCCAAAGAGGUGGUGUCCUACACCAAGGAGACUCAGACGCCCACCAUGAACGAGCAAAAAGAGGACGAAGAAGAGGAGGAAGAGCUUGCCCCCGCAGAGCCAGUAUCAGAGGUAGAGAAGGAGACUCCUGUGCAGAAACAGGAAGAAGAAGCACUCCCUCAUGAGCUGACUGAGGAAGAGAAGCUGCAGAUCCUGCACUCGGAGGAGUUCAUGGACUUCUUUGACCACAGCACUCGUAUUAUUGAGAGAGCUCUUUCUGAACACGUGGAUGUUUUCUUUGACUACAGUGGCCGUGACCUGGAGGAGAAGGAGGGUGAGAUGCAGGCUGGAGCGAAGCUGUCUCUUAAUAGACAGUUUAUGGAUGAACGCUGGUCCAAGCACAGAGUGGUCACCUGCCUGGAUUGGUCCCCACAGUAUCCCGAGCUGCUGGUUGCCUCUUACAACAACAACGAGGAGGCUCCUCACGAGCCUGACGGAGUGGCCCUGGUCUGGAACAUGAAGUAUAAGAAAACUACGCCGGAGUACGUCUUUCACUGCCAGUCUGCAGUGAUGUCAGCGGCAUUUGUUAAAUUCCAUCCUAACCUGGUGGUAGGUGGUACAUAUUCAGGACAGAUUGUGCUGUGGGACAAUAGGAGUAACAAGCGGACCCCCGUCCAGAGGACCCCGCUCUCCGCCUCUGCUCACACGCAUCCAGUGUACUGUGUAAAUGUUGUUGGCACUCAGAAUGCUCACAACCUGAUCAGCAUCUCCACUGAUGGUAAAAUGUGCUCCUGGAGUUUGGACAUGUUGUCCCAGCCACAGGACAGUAUGGAGUUGGUGUUUAAGCAGUCUAAGGCAGUAGCCGUCACUUCCAUGUCCUUCCCUCUGGGUGAUGUCAAUAACUUUGUGGUGGGCAGUGAAGACGGAUCGGUCUACACAGCCUGUCGGCAUGGCAGUAAGGCUGGUAUCAGCGAGAUGUUUGAAGGUCACCAUGGGCCAAUCACAGGCAUCCACUGCCACACAGCAGCUGGCCCUGUGGACUUCUCCCAUCUGUUCCUCACGUCUUCCUUCGACUGGACCGUCAAACUGUGGAGCACCAAGAACAAUAAGCCUCUGUACUCAUUCGAGGAUAACUCAGACUAUGUGUACGAUGUGAUGUGGUCUCCUGUUCACCCUGCCCUGUUUGCCUGCGUGGAUGGAGUCGGACAUCUGGACCUGUGGAACCUCAACAAUGACACUGAGGUUCCUACUGCCAGUAUUACUGUAGAAGGGACCCCUGCUCUGAACAGGCUGAGGUGGGCACAGUCGGGCCGAGAGAUUGCAGUAGGAGACUCGGAUGGACAGAUUCUCAUCUACGAAGUUGGAGAACAGAUUGCUGUGCCACGGAAUGACGAGUGGACACGCUUCGUGAGGACGCUGGCAGAAAUCAACGAAAACCGAGACGAUGCCGAGGAGCUGGCGGCCCAGCGUUUGCCAUCCUAAUAACCGAUAAUCCUACACCAUUCCUGAAACCAGCUACAGGUUUUCAAUAAAAAAAAAAGAAAUUAAUUAAUUAGACCCACAUCCAGGCAUGAUGAUGAUGAUGACAAAGUUAAUUAGAUUUCUGAAGACCUUCCUUUAAAAAAUGUAGACAUUUCAUUUGCAAACUGGACUUGGAAUCUGCCUUUUCUACUGGUUUGAUUAAAGACACAGUGAUCAUAUUGUACAAACAGUCCACAAGUCACCAGUGAUCCUCUCUCUUCCCCACGACCACAAGCCUUAAUAAAGCCCCCUUGUAGAAACUCCAUAGAAAAACACAUAAAUUAAUGUUUCUCAGUUGGCCUCAAUCUACGUUAAUGGUGGCAAACCCCUUAAUAAUAACCAAAUGCAACUUUUCAACCAAUUGUAAGCAGUAGCAUGGAACUGGCAUGGAAAUUCUACAGCUCUUGUUGACUGGAGCCAGAGUGUGUUUUACAUGAUUCACUUGUUUGUUUGUUUUUUUUAUAUAUAUAUAAAUGAAUCACUUCAGGAAAUGGUUUGAGAUGCAUUUGAGCCAAAUGUUAAAGCAGCGUAAACGCAGCCAUCUCUCCCUAAAAUGCAUUUGACAACCAAAGCACUAAUACGUUAAGAUUGUACAUUUAAACGCAGGGCAUGAUUUUUCUAUCUUUCCACAAGUAAAAAGGCUUAUGUCCUCCUAAAAGUGAAAUUUUGAACACACUCUGGAUUUGCAUAGUCUCAUUGGGGCAACUAAGGUUAAGACUCACUCUCUGCUGCUAGUGCUACUCCAACUCCAUCUCUUGCUUUUAUAUACUGUCUAAAGAUGAAAUGCUGUACGUCUUCACAAUCUGAACUGAAUCACAUAUUUAUUACACACAGUGAGAUGCUGUAUGAUCGUCGGACUGCCGAAAUUUUUAAGCCAAUGUGUUUGCAAAACUGGCUCCUCUUCUUCCAGCUUUACAAAGUCCGUUUGUAUCCUGUACGAAAUGAUAGCUUUUCUUCCAGCUCUUUGAAUGUCUUUGUAUAUCUCUAUAAACUCCUCUUUCAAAACCUCAA